AUGGCUGCAGCCUCAGGAAUUCUCAAGCCAAAAGCCGUCCCGGGUGCUUCGGGUUACCAGCCAGUGCAUCAAGAUGAGGGUGAUGGUCACGAUGAUGGCCUCAGGGAGCCUCCCGCUCAACCAAUCAUUCCGCGUGGUCCAAUUCGCUCAUACAGGAACACCAUAAUGCUUCUCUCGGGCCUUGUCGUUAUUCUUAUGGCCACAAACCUCUAUCUUAGUCUUCCACUUGCCUUUUCCGGCUCCGGGUCAUGUCCGGGUGACCCACCCCGAGUUCCCCAGUAUUUCCAGACCUCGCCGCAACUAUGGCCCGGCAUUACUGAAACUGGAAAACCGGCUUUCAUGGCACAAACUCAUGUCUUUGAGCCUACUGCCACCUUUGUACCUAAUGAUCCGUUGCAGACAUCUAUCCCGAUCGAGGGCAUGAAAGAGGGUAACCGAAGCAUCUUCCAGAUGAUGGGUUACCUGAGUCCUUAUUCUCCCUCUACUGGCUUCGGCGUGGACGAGUAUCCUAUCCCUCCAGGUGCUGAGAUCGUUCAGGUCCAGAUGCUAUCUCGCCACGGUGCUCGAUAUCCAACCCCAGGCUCGAACGUCGCAACCCUUGGUGAGCGACUUGCCAAUGUUUCGACAAGCCUCAAGACCAGCGGUGCCCUUGAAUUUCUUAUGGACUGGAAAUACGAACUCGGAAAGGCUAUCCUAGUCCCGAGGGGCCGACAGGAGCUCUUCGAGUCUGGUGUCUUGCAUAGUUACAUGUAUGGUAGCUUGUACAACCCUCAAAGCAAACUCAUCGUCCGAACUACUACUCAGGAUCGCAUGCUCAAAUCUGCAGAAAACUGGAUGGCUGGCUUCUUUGGCCUUGAGUGGACCAAUAAUGCCACCAUCGAAGUGAUCAUUGAGGCCCCUGGUUUCAACAACUCUCUUGCUGGAGGGCUGAACUGCCCCAACUCCGACAAAGCGGACUACGUAACCCCUGUAGCCGCAUGGUAUGAGGAGUACCUCAAAGACGCAACUGCCCGAUUCAAUAAUGUGACUCGGGGUUUCACGUGGACAUCAGCAGACGUCUGGGCUGCACAAAACAUGUGUCCCUAUGAAACUGUUGCAUAUGGCUUCAGCAGAUUCUGCGAUCUCUUUACAUACGAGGAAUGGGAACACUUUGGCUACUCCAUCGAUCUCGGUUUUUCUUCAGGCGCUGGGUUCCAAAGCCCAGUAGGCCGAGCUACUGGCCUUGGCUACCAGCAAGAGGUCAUGGCACGGCUUAAGAAUCACACACUCGGUUACUCCGGCUCCCAGAUCAACACGACUCUGGAUAGCAUGAAAGAGACAUUUCCUCUGAACCAAAGUCUUUACUUUGACUUUUCUCAUGACACCAACAUCAUCUCUAUUCUGACAGCCUUUGGUCUUCGCCAGUUUGCUGAGGAGCUUCCCACUGACAAAUACCCUGGUGAACACGAGUUCGUUGUUUCUAAACUGACUCCUUUCGGUGCGCGUUUAGACAUCGAAAUCAUUAAGGCGCCCAGCCCCGUCUCUCCAAAGAGAGACGGCUACCUCGAUGGCAAAGAGACGAAGUACAUUCACUUCGUACUCAACCAACGGACUGUGCAUCUGGGCAGGAGUUUUCCGGAAUGUGACGUCAACCGCAAGGACGGCUGGUGUGAACUGGCUACAUUCAUCGAGGUUCAGGAUAAGAUGGCAGAUAAGGCACAGUUCGACUACUCUUGUUUCGGAGAUUACCCUUCAUUACCAUAUGGUAAGGUAACAGACGGUGUGCCCCCUUCUUGA